GAGCACUCUCACAAGUCCUACAGGCCGUUCUGCGUUCUCACAUUCAGAUGGAACUACUUCUUCCACCAGCUGAGCCCAAUGGGCUACCACCUCGUCAACGUCAUUCUCCACGGUCUGGUCUGCAUACUUUACUUCAGGUUAUGCGCUCUCUUCGCCCCGGACUCUUGCAGCUUUCUGGCCUCACUCCUCUUCGCCAUCCACCCAGUCCACACAGAGGCGGUGACCGGGGUGGUGGGAAGGGCGGAGCUGCUUUCCUCGCUCUUCUUCAUAGGCGCCUUCAUGGCCUACGCCCGAUCGACGCAAUCGCCUCACACCACGGAUUGGAGGAGAAUGGCAAUCGCUUUGGGCUGCGUGACAACCUCGCUUCUCUGCAAAGAACAAGGCAUCACGGUGAUCGGGGUUUGCGCCGUGUACGAGAUCUUUGUUGUCCGAAAGGUGCGGGCGGGCGGACUGGGCUACCUGCUGCGAUCGCUCGUCAGCGGCAAAGCGCCGCCGCCCGGCUGGCUGCUGGCUGCCUGCCCCCGGCUCGCUGCGCUCGGGGUCACUGCCCUCGGGCUCCUGUUGGCCAGGGUCAAGAUCAUGGGUGCCCAGCUGCCUGUGUUUACCAGGUUCGACAACCCGGCAUCUGUGGCCGGCUCGCCAUCCCGCCAGCUCACCUACAACUACCUGGUGGGUGUCAACGGCGGCCUGCUGCUGCUGCCGCACGGCCUCUGCUGCGACUGGACCAUGGGCACCGUGCCGCCGGUGACAUCUAUCGGCGACCCGCGCAACCUCACGCCGCUGGUCACGUACGCGCUGCUGCUGCGCCUGCUGUGGCGCGCGCUGACCGCGCAUGACAAGGAGUCCGACCUCGUCAUCAUGAGCUUGGCGUUGAUGGUGUUUCCAUUCCUGCCGGCCAGCAACUUGUUCUUCCCCGUGGGAUUCGUGGUCGCAGAGCGCGUGCUCUAUAUGCCUUCCAUGGGAUUCUGUCUGCUAGUGGCCGCUGGUGCUUGCAAACUGGCCUCAUCCAGACGUUGUGGCCCGGCGCUGUACGCCGGCCUGGCAGCGCUCCUUCUCAGCCAGGCCCUCAAGACCCACCAGCGCAACUGGGACUGGCAAGACGAGUACUCCAUCUUUGCCGCCGGCCUCCGCGUCAACCGCAAUAACGCCAAGCUCUACAACAACGUGGGCCACGCGCUCGAGAGCCGAGCCCAGUACCGCUCGGCGUUGGCCUUCUUCCAGCAGGCGGCCAGAGUGCAAAACGACGAUAUCGGAGCCCACAUUAACGUGGGCCGGACGUACAACAGCCUCAAAAUGUACGAAGAAGCAGAGCAGUCCUACUUGAAGGCCAUGUCGCUGCUGCCACGGGCGAAGCCGGGCGAGGUGUACCACGCGCGCGUGCCGCCCAACCACCUGAGCGUGCUGCUCAACCUGGCCAACCUGAUCUCGCGCGACCCGGCGCGGCUGGAGGAGGCGGACGCCCUCUACCGGCAGGCCAUCAGCAUGCGCGCCGACUACACGCGCGCCUACAUCAACAGGGGCGACGUGCUCAUCAAGCUGAACCGCACCAAGGAGGCGCAGCGCACCUACGAGACGGCGCUCUUCUACGACAGUAACAACCCUGACAUCUACUACAACCUGGGCAUCGUGUACCUGGAGCAGGGGCGACAGGCGCAGGCGCUCGCCUACCUAGACAAGGCGCUCGAGUACGACCCGGACCACCAGCAGGCACUGCUCAACUCGGCCGUGCUCAUCCAGGAGCUGGGCAGCGGCCAGCUGCGGCCGCGGGCCUACCAGCGGCUGCGACGGCUGCUGCAGCUGCAGCCCACCGUGGUGGACGCCGAGCGGGUCCACUUCAACCUGGGCAUGCUGGCCAUGGAUGACCACGACCUGUGGACCGCGGAGACGCACUUCAGGAAGGCGGUGGAGACGCGGCCGGACUUCCGCAGCGCCCUCUUCAACCUGGCGCUGCUGCUCAGUGACGCCGACCGGCCGCUGGAGGCGGCGCCCUUCCUCACGCGGCUCGUGCAACACCACCCGGACCACGUCAAGGCCUUUAUCCUGCUCGGCGACAUCUACGUCAACAACAUUAAGGACCUGGACGAGGCGGAGCGGUGCUUCGAGCGGAUUCUGCAGUUGGAGCCGGAGCACGUGCAGGGCCUGCACAACCUGUGCGUGGUGUACGUGGAGCGGGCCGAGCUGGCCAGGGCCGAGACCUGCCUGCUGCGCGCCGCCCGGCUCGCGCCGCACGAGGAGUACAUACAGCGCCAUCUGAAGAUUGUGCGCGCGCGCCGCCAGGCGGCGGAUGGCGAAAGCGUCCCGAGGGAUAGCGUCACGUAGCGGGCGGCGAAGGAGCUAGGGUUAGCGUGCCAGCCUUCCUCGCAGCAACAUAUUUUCAAACUGAGUCUCAGGUACAGAUAGCGGACAAACACUAGCGAAAUCUACCGUUCUCGCCGUGGGAGAACCAUGGGAGAACUGGACUGUGGUGCGCCUGAACCCUGCCACCCGUGAGGCUACUAUUGUGGGGAAGCUCUUGAAGAAGUGCGUUCGAAAAAGUUCGCAGUGUGUGGCAGGCAGUGGCGGUGUGGCAUGCGAACAUGCCGCGGCAUGCGAAGUGGAUUGUUGUUUGAUCUGAGGCCCGUUUGUUUGGUUUGCGAAUACAGUGACACCACGGUGCGUGAUCCUGCGCAUGGACGCAGGCAAGGGACCUGGUAAUUAAGUGAAGCUCGUUGCUACCGGUCGGGGAAGUGAUGGCAUGGUACGGGACCAGGGGGGUUGAGGCCGCAGCUGCUGUAAGUUUCUCGAAAGGCGCAUUUGUACCGCAAUAGUGACGAUCUCAUCUGGUGCGUGGAACAACCAACCAACGCUGACCCGACCGUGUGGUGUUUAUUUGACUUCUGGUAGGCCUGAGAUCCGUCGUCUGCGAGAUAUACAGGGUACACACGGCCAGCGUUUUAUACAAGUGCGGCCUUUGCUGUCGAGCGCGGGGCCAGGGUCGCGGUCGGCUGCCGUUGGACGCUGCUGACCAAUGUGUGCUGUGUGCCGCUUUGUGGGCUGCUGCCGCGCGGUGUAAGACCGCUGUGCGGGCGCUGUGCGCUGUGCCGUCGCUUUUGCCGUGCGCUUGCCUCGCCGUACGUUGCGCUGUGCCGUGGGCCUGUGCCCAGAGCGCGGCGCGGGACAACAGAGAAAUGGUGGCGGCCCUGAAUAGCACUCCCGAACAGCAGGGCGUGCUGUGCACGCUUCGAACAGCGCAGGGUGCUGUUCAGCCGCUCAAGAACUGUCCUCGUGGUAUAAGGAAACCAUUGAAACCCGACAGUGGUCCAUCUAUGAUGGGAGCCCGCGAUGAGGGCCAUGAGGGUGUUGUAACGUGAAUGUCAGACUAUGUGUACCAGCAGAGGGGCCGAAGUGAGGCCACAGUCCUGAGACGAGGUCGGUGCGCCCGCCUGGCGCUGCACGUCUGUGAUAUCUUGAAUAAAUGUGCUGACAUGGUGA